AUGGAGGAUGUCAUUGCAUGGUUGCUACACAUUGCUAAACUGAAUGGCAUUCCAUUCGAGGAUUUGGAAGUGCAGAAAUUUGCAUACUGCACUGGAAUCGACCUGAUGCAGAUGGGCGAGGCCGAUUUUAUAGCACGUGAUACUGUUUAUGGCUCCCUGAUUUACAAUGAGUUCCGGAAGUUUUUAGCCGAAGAAAAAGUUACUGAUAAAUGGGUGCCUGCUUACAAGCCGCAAGAAGAAGAGGCCAGUACGAGUGCUUUGCCAGAGGAUAUCAGGGCAUCCUGUAUCGGUGAUGGGUUACCUUCCAGCACAAGUGUGCUCUCUUCGCUUUUGAUAUCUGAUAAUACUCCGAUUGCCUCGUCAUCUGACAUGCAGUCGUCAGUUUCGCCUUCGCAAGUAGGCACAAGCAUUGCGAGCAGCUCGGACUUUGGUUCUCCCGAUGGAACGAGUGGACGAUGUCCUCAGUUUAAAGUAAGAAAAAACAAGGAUGGCAAGCCACGGAAGCAUUCGCAGCACACCAAAGGGAAUAAGUUGUGGGAAUUUAUACGCGAUGCAUUGAAGGAUCCCAGCACAUGUCCAAGCAUUGUCAGGUGGGAAGAUCCAGUGGAGGGUGUUUUUCGAAUCGUUGAAUCGGAAAAACUGGCAAGGCUUUGGGGUGAAAAAAAGAAUAACCAAAAAAUGACAUACGAAAAGCUCAGCAGAGCAAUGAGGUAA